AUGUGGGUGGAAGCCAUUUCACUUCCCACCAAUGAUGCUAGUGCGGUAGCAAGAUUUCUGAAGAAGAAUAUUUUCACAAGGUUUGGAACCCUGAGGGUCAUCAUCAGCGAUCAAGCCUACAAAACUCCCAUUAGUACAUCUCUACAUAAGCUCAUUUUUGGCAAGGCUUGUUAUCUAUCGAUGGUUGAUCUUGAGCACAUAGCUUAUUGGGCAAUAAAGAAGUUGAAUUUGGACUUGGUACAAGCUGGCGAAAAGAGGUUGUUGCAAUUACUCGAGUUAGAUGAAUUUAACUAUCAUGCAUAUGAGAACGCGAAGAUAUACAAGGAGCGGACAAAGAGAAUUCACGACAAACACAUCCAACCUCAUGAGUUUGAGCCUGGGCAGUUAGCUUUGUUGUAUAAUUCCCGGCUGAAGAUUUUUGGCGGAAAGUUGAAGAGCAAGUGGUCUGGACCUAUUGAGAUAGUGCGUGUGAUAGCCCAUGGAGCACUUGAGUUAAAAAAGCUGAAUUAUGUCGAGUCGUUCUUGGUGAAUGGGCAGCGAGUAAAGCACUACUUUAGAGAGGUCACUUAUCGCGAGAGGACCUCGAUGGAGCUAGAAGAGUCUUGA